GUCACUUUUAAAAAAAACAGAGACAGAGAGAGAACGAGACAGGGAGAGAGAAACGUAUACAUAUAGAGUUUGAAGAUCUGAAGUAGAGUGUUGUAGAGGCAGAGAGGGAUAAUAGUACAAUAGAAGAUUGAAGAAACGUUUAUCAUGUUUGAUAUACUGUCAUUGGAAGGGAAGUAAGACAGCAAAUAACCGCGUAUCUAUUUGAUGAGAAAGAACUAUCUCUCCAUAGUACGCUUGAAGAAAAUUCAUCCGGUUAAAACGAUUAAGAUAUAUAUGUUUGUGCAAGCUUUGACAGAUGUUUUCCGCAUGUACUGAUUUUUUUCUUUGUUUUUUGGAAACAUAAAAACAGGCGACGACAAAUAAGUUUGCUGUUCUAAGCGUCGGAAUGAUACCGAAUGACAUCAAAAAGUCACUGGAGAAAGAGUGCAAUAGAACGAUUCUUGCUCAACCUCCUCCCAACAAUACCAAUGGUAAAGUUUACUGCCCAGCGGUAUUCGACGGAUUGUCUUGCUUCAAUUAUACUCUAGCUUCUGAAAAGGCCUACGUUCAAUGUCCAAGCUUCGUGGAAGGGUUUGAUUCGACUCUAAAAGGAUUCAAACAAUGCAUGGAGGACGGCAAAUGGUACAUUUCUCCGUAUAAUAAUAGUUGGACCAAUUAUACCGGCUGUAUUUCAUUCGUCGAUCUGCAGCAUGAUAGAGCAAGAAUAAGGAUUUUCACCGUUGGAUACGCACUAUCUGUUGCUUGUCUUGUAAUCGCUUUGAUAAUAUUUUUCUAUUUCAAACAGUUGCAAUGCGACCGAGUUACCGUUCAUAAGAACCUAUUCACUUCCUAUAUCCUGACUGGAUUGGCUUGGAUUGCUUAUUACAAUGCAGUCUCCAUCUGCCCUGAAGUACUUUCGCAAAAUCCUGUUUGGUGUCGACUAUUACAUAUUCUUACGCAGUAUUUUACUGCCAGUAACUACUUUUGGAUGCUUUGCGAAGGACUGUUCUUACAUACUCUUAUUGUAUUCGCCUUCGUCUCUGUCAAGAAACUCUUAGCGGCCUGUUGUAUUCUUGGUUGGCUAGUUCCACUGGCCCUGACAAUAAUAUACGGUCUGUCCAGACAAAUAUCCACCAGCCACGACAGUAAGAAAAAUUGCUGGGUGCACGACCACGCGAUUCAAUGGAUUAUCUCGGGACCUGCCCUCUUUUCUAUCAUCUUAAACUUGAUAUUCCUGUGCAACAUUGUUCGGGUACUUGUCACUAAGAUUCGCGCUCUCAACGACACCAAUGCUGAACAGUACAAAAAAGCUGCAAGAGCUACUUUAAUACUAAUUCCUUUGCUUGGUUUACAUUAUUUUAUCAUACCAUUUAAACCAAAAAAUGAUUCACCCCUACUGCACGUUUACUUGUUCACCGGAGCUAUUAUAACUAGUACACAAGGCUUUUUUGUAACACUAAUCUAUUGUUUUUUGAACGGCGAAGUUAUUGCCUGUCUAAAGAGAAAAUAUUACCAACGUCAAGUUAUGAAGGGUCGCUUUAAUCAUACUCAGGUUAACAUAACGGAAGCAGCGUCAGCGGUAACGACGCCUAACGUUGAACUUAUUCAAAGUCCAGGACGAAAAGAUGUCGAUGAAGUUAAAGUGUGCAUGCUACGCGACGAAUAA